GAAAGACGUCUUUUUUCGUUUGUUACUCGGUCUCAAUGACAACUUCCUGGCCCUCCGAGGCUCAAAUUUAGCUCGUGUCGUUGUUAGACUCCAUUUUUGGUUCAAUUUCCGCAUCAAAAAGCCACACAAAAGUACUUGAAAUUGCAAAAAUUCUCGAAAAUUCCCUCGGAGUGUCAGACAAAGUGGCUCGCAAAUCCAUAAAAGGGCUGAAAUCUGGAAAAAAGAGCAAAUUAAAUUCCGUGUGAUACUAAAAUUAGUCGCAAAACGAAAUAAAAUUGUUAUUUUUUAUAAAAAAAAGCAACAAAAAAUUGUAAAUUUUGAAUGUGAAAGUGAUUUGUCCGUGUCUCUUCUUCUUCUACGAGCUGUAAAUAUUUGUACAAAAACAAAAAAUAUUUAUUGUAAAUUUGUUUUUGCUAAACAUCCAGAGAGAAAAAUAAUAAAGAGAGAGAAUUUAAAAAAAUAUUUAACGUAAACAACAGAGGAAGCCAUCCUACUUACAUCCACAAAAAUAGUGACGAAGCGAUAAAAAAUGGCACUUGCACAAAGAAAAAAGCAAGACGAUAAAAUACUAAAGUUACUGCGAGAAGUGGCAAACUUACCCGGAAACAAACAUUGCUUCGACUGCGGAGAAAAAGGCACCACAUACGUCAAUUCGACGAUCGGAAGUUUCGUUUGCACAACAUGCAGUGGCUUGCUACGUGGUUUGACGCCUCCUCAUCGCAUCAAAUCGAUUUCCAUGGCAACAUUUACGCAGGAGGAAAUUGAUUUUCUCAAAGCUCACGGAAACGAGGAAUGUGCAAAAACAUGGCUCGGGCUGUGGGAUGCAAAACGUGCAAUCAAACAAGAUCAUCGGGACUUUAUGAUCGACAAAUACGAACGGAAACGUUACUACCUUGAGCCAGCUAGUCCCUUAAUGUCAAUUCCAUCCGGUAGACAACUCACGAAUGGCAGCACAUCGUCAAGCACGACGUCGUCGACAACAAAUGGAAACCAAAAUCCAAAGUCGUCUGACGAUUUGCUGCAAACGAUAAAUAUUACGCCGCCAUCUAAACUGCGUCGUAAGCCUGUGAUUAAAGUAAAAUCACAGAAACGAAAUACUAAUCAGAAUUUUUUAGAAUCCUCAAAUGCGACACAGAACGGCAGUCCGAUUUUCAAAACGGUUGGACCUCGUGCGGUAAAUGGGCAUCGAUUAAACAACAACGGAACGACGACGACGACGACGAGUAACUCGAGUACGGGCAGUGAUGUAACCAAUAGUAGUGCUAACAAAUUCACACCUGAUACAGAUUUUGUCGCGGAUUUCAGUAAAAUUGACAUGUUUAGUGAUAUAACGCCAAAUAACGGAACAAAUGGAAGCACGAAUGGCAGCAAAAGUGAUAGCGAGAGCAGUAACGUCAACGGGAAUAUGGAAUUUUUCGCCGAUUUUGAACACAAUCAGAUUUACAAUGCAGCUGAAGAUCCCGCUCAAUUUCUCUCGAAUAUUAACUUUUUUGGCAAUUCAUCACCGUCGUCGUUUGCCAAAUCAGAGACAACCGCAACAGCAACAACCGGUCAACAGCAAUUACUCGACAACAACAAUUCCAUUUUCGAUUUCAAUUGUAACUAUAACAAUAAUAAUAAUGCCGUAACACCGCAACAAUGGAAUUAUUGGCAAACUUUUUCUGUGCCGUCGUGUAAUAACAACAAUAAUAAUGUCAUAAGUAGUUGUAAUAAUAGUACGAUGAUGCAUUCUCAACAACAAACCCAUCCACAAAACUUAUCAUGGACUUCCUUUCCGAAUAGUUGUAACAAUAUUGCUCAAAGUGUCUCCUCUCCGUCGCCAGCUCCUCCAACAGAAACGAAUCGUUGGAGUCUCCCGAUGUCUGUGAGCUCCGUAAGUUCUUUGUCAUCUUCCAACACAUUCAGUUCGAACACAUCAACGCCAUCCGUGGACAAAUAUGCGGCAUUAAAGGAUUUGGAUGAGCAGUUCAAGGAGAUUAAAAUCCUCGGAACAGACACAAAUACGCCAAUAAAUCCACAAAGUUCUUUAGCAAAUCCCUUCAAAAAUCCAUCCCUACAGAGUGCAUUGAACGCCACAAACAACAAUUCUCCCGCAUCAGCUAGUCCCUGGUCGAGUUUUGACAACAAAUUAAUGAAUGGCACGACAACGACGAAUGGCGGAUGGCCCGCAGCAACAAAUGGCUUUGCGCCGCAACAAUUUCCAAACGGCUUCACGAACGGAUUUCAGUCAAAUGCGAACCAAAGUAUGUUUAGUAACGGCUUCAUGGCAACAAAUAACGCAAAAAUGGGGGGAUUUAAUGCGAAUAACGCUGCGUUCGGUUUUAGCCAAGGAAGUACUUUCAGUAAUCCGUUUGUGGCCGCACAAACAGGCACCGUGAAUUCGAAUAAUCCAUUUCUGUAACUCUCCAAAAGAAAUUUUCGUCCAUUCUAAUGAAUAAGAAAACAAAAGAAGAAGAAGAACCAAGAAAUUUAUUACUAAAAUGACUCUUAGUAAACUAAAAAUAUUUAAGAAAUUAUUAUAUAUCAUGUAUAAUGUCCUUUUUAACUCCAUUUUAAUUAAUUAUUAUUAAAAAAUGAAUUAAUUGUAGCUUAUUUUUUUUUAAUUUUAACGGAUUUUCCGAAAGUAUUAAAUAAUUAGACGAAUUGCAAACAAAAAACAAAAAUCGGUUUCCAGAUCUGAGGAAAAAAGCUUUGCAAGCAACAAAAAAAUUUUAGUUUAAAUGAAAAUAAAUCAAAAUAAAUGCCUAAAAAGGCAUUUUUGUGGCCUUAUAUUACUUUUUUCUCAUUAAAUAUACACUCGCUGUAUUUAUUGAAAGAAAAAAUUGAAUGAAAAUUGUAGGAUCAAAAAAGAAAGUGAUUGAUAUUUUUUUAGCUAGUUGUUUCAAAAAAUUAAAAAUGCUUCAUAAAGUUAUUGUAUGUUGCUUAUAUUUAUCAACUACUUCUCUUCUUGAAAUUUAAAAAAAAUAAAAUAAUUGCUAAAAAAUGAAGCUUAAAUAUUU